AUGGGCGAGUCUAGACAAGAACUGCUGGCAUGGCUUAACAACCUGCUCCAGCUGAAUUUGACCAAAAUCGAACAGUGCGGAACCGGAGCUGCACUAUGUCAGGUUUUCGAUUCCAUAUUCAUGGACAUCCCCAUGUCCCGGGUAAAAUUCAACGUCAACACGGAAUACGCCUAUCUUCAGAACUUCAAGGUUCUUCAGAACGUCUUUGCGCGUCACCAGGUCGACAAGCCGAUCCCCGUCGAGUCACUCUCUAAAUGCCGCAUGCAGGAUAACCUGGAGUUCCUCCAGUGGACAAAGAGGUACUGGGACCAACAUUAUCCGGGCGGAGACUACGAUGCGCUCGCUCGCCGAAAGGCCUCCGGAGGAGCCCCUACGGGCGGUUCUCGUGCUGGCGCGACCUCUGCCAGCAGUGCCCGUCGUGGAACCACUCCUACCGUCGGACGUGCCCGACCUGCUGCUGCUGGAGGAGCCUCCUCUGCCGGCGUGGCUGCGCUGCAGGCAGAGCUGACUUCGACCAAGGACGCAAUUGGUGGAUUGGAGAAGGAGCGCGACUUCUACUUUGCUAAGCUCCGGGAUAUUGAGCUGCUUCUCCAGAACGCCGUUGAGGCGGACCCAGAACUAGAGAAGGAUGAUGAUUCACUGGUGAAACACAUCCAGGGCAUCCUUUACUCGACAGAGGAAGGGUUUGAGAUCCCUGCUGAGGGCGAAGCGAGUGAGGAGCUGGAGACGUUUUGA